CUCGGCGGCAACAGCAGCAGGCUGCCUGCUGUUACUCAGGAAGAUCAUGAAACGUGGUCGACUUCCCAGCAGCAGUGAAGAUUCUGAUGACAAUGGCAGCUUAUCAACCUGGUCCCAACACUCUAGGUCGCAGCCUCAGAGGAGUUCAUGCUCUAAGAGUAAAGAUCGAAAACCAUCAGAGGUGUUCAGAACAGACCUGAUCACUGCUAUGAAGCUGCCCGAUUCUUCCCAGCUGAAUCCUGAUGAGUAUUAUGUGCUGGCAGAUCCCUGGAGACAAGAAUGGGAGAAAGGUGUUCAGGUGCCAGUCAGCCCAGGGACUAUACCAGAACCAGUAGCAAGGAUUGUAUCUGAAACAAAAGCUGUCGUAUUUUCAAGACCUCGGAAAUAUAUCCUGUCUUCAGGCUCUGAGCCCCCUGAGCUUGGAUAUGUUGACAUUCGAACUUUGGCAGAGAGUGUGUGCCGCUAUGACCUUAACUACAUGGAUGUAGCAUGGCUGGAAUUGGCCAAUGAAGAAUUCAAAGAGAUGGGGAUGCCUGAAGUAGAUGAAUACACCAUGGAGAGGAUCAUGGAAGAAUUUGAGCAACGGUGUUACGACAAUAUGAAUCAUGCUAUCGAGACUGAGGAAGGUCUUGGCAUCGAGUAUGAUGAGGAUGUUGUCUGUGAUGUUUGUCAGUCUCCAGAUGGUGAAGAUGGCAAUGAAAUGGUGUUCUGUGACAAAUGCAAUAUUUGUGUUCAUCAGGCAUGUUACGGCAUCCUGAAAGUUCCUGAAGGCAGCUGGCUAUGCCGAACCUGUGCCCUUGGUGUCCAGCCAAAAUGUUUGUUGUGUCCCAAAAAAGGUGGAGCCAUGAAACCAACUCGCAGUGGGACCAAGUGGGUCCAUGUUAGUUGUGCCCUCUGGAUCCCAGAGGUGAGCAUUGGUAGUCCAGAAAAGAUGGAGCCCAUUACAAAGGUCUCUCAUAUUCCCAGCAGCAGAUGGGCGCUGGUGUGCAGUCUUUGUAAUGAGAAGAUUGGGGCAUCCAUACAGUGUUCAGUAAAAAACUGCCGCACAGCUUUUCAUGUCACUUGUGCAUUUGACCGUGGUUUGGAGAUGAAGACUAUUCUGGCUGACAACGAUGAAGUCAAGUUCAAAUCCUAUUGUCCAAAACACAGCUCUACUAAGAAGUCAGAUGAGGAAAACCUCAGUGAAUUAACCAGCCAGGAAAAUGAGAAUGGAGCACAUGAUAAUUCUCUGGGUCACUUAGAAUCAUAUGAUAGCAUGGCUCAAAAUCAGGAGGAAGCUCAUCGAGUCAGUAUUAGAAAGCAGAAACUCCAGCAACUGGAGGAUGGGUUUUAUGCCUUUGUUAAUGCUUCAGAAGUGGCAAAGGCUCUGCAACUUCCCGAGGACUCUGUAGAAUUCCUGUAUCAGUAUUGGAAAUUGAAGAGAAAAUCAAAUUUCAACAAACCUUUGAUUACUCCAAAGAAAGAUGAAGAGGACAAUCUAGCCAAACGGGAACAGGACGUUCUGUUCAGGCGACUACAGCUUUUCACUCACCUCCGGCAAGAUUUGGAGAGGGUACGGAACCUCACUUAUAUGGUGACCCGACGGGAAAAAAUUAAAAGAUCUGUUUGCAAAGUCCAGGAACAGAUAUUUAAUCUUUAUACAAAUCUUGUAGAACAUGAAAGAACUUCAGGUAUGCCUUCCUCUUUCUCCUCGAUGGAAAAUUUGGUGCUCUUCAACAGUUCACCAUUGGGCCCAGAUGCACCUAAGAUAGAGGAUUUGAAAUGGCAUUCGGCUUUCUUCCGAAAACAAAUGGGCAUGUCGUUAAGUCAUUCACUGAAAAAAACAGAGAAGAGAGAGCAAAUGAGGAGAAAUUCUAGGCACAAUAACAAACCGUUGCUGAAGCAGCCCAGCCAAAGGGAGGGUCUUGCUUCUUCUGAUAGCUUUUUCAGUUUUGAAAAAACCUUUGCAGAAGCACAACUUGGAGCAGCACAACAGAAGAAUGGGAUUGUAACAGAAGACCACAAGAAAAGAGACAAUCAUUCUCAUUGUGACAUGAUAAAGGUAGGACUGAAGGAGAAACCUCCCAAACAUAACUACAAGCCCCUGAAAUCAAAUGAAUCCUUUCAGAGGCAGUUAGAAAAUAAAAGGGCCGUGAACCACCCAAGUGGCAGAUCAGCACCCGGAAUCCGGAGGGAUAUGGUGCCUAAAUGCAAUGGAUCCUUUUUCAGAAUAAAUUAUAACCCGAGUCCAGUUAAAGUGCCUACAACACCCAGAAGCCCUGUGAAAAAUUGGGGAGGAUUCCGAAUUCCAAAGAAAGGAGAAAAGCAACAGCAGGGAGAGGGGCAGGAGGAGGCAUGCCGCCAAAACUCUAAUUUCUCUUACUCGGCCCUCGGACAAGUUUCCCCUAAAGAUAGGGCAAAAAGCAACUUAAAAAUGGACAGUGAGAAUGAUGGAUAUGCCCCGGAUGCAGAGAUGAGUGAUUCAGAAACUGAGAUGUCUGAGAAGAAAUGCAGGCUGGGAUCAAAUAGCUCUCUCCCUAGAAGGACAGAUUUUAUUAGGAGAAGUAUUCUUGCCUCUUGACUGGAGAGUGAUACAGAAUAGCAACACUGGAACCAGUGAAGCUCCAGCCUGGAUAAAAAAAAAGUAGCUACUCUUUUCUAUUUAUUGGUGGGACAAAAGAGUUUUAAUUACGACUACAAGAUCUAUCAAGAAUGAACACAUUUUCCCUAGGCUGUAGAAAGUUGUUUACGUGCACUUGAGUACGAGUAUUUCCUCCACCAUUCUCAUGACUGUGAGGUGUGAACAUUAUUUGCAAUUGUCUCAAAGAAAUCUGAGAAAAUAAUAUUGUUUUCCAAUUGAUUAAUAUGCUGAAUGCUCAUUUUAAAAAGAAGGAUAAGUUAAUUGGAUUGUGUGGGUAGACCCUACUUUAUGCAGAUAGCACUGAGGUUUUUCUUUUCCCGUCCCUGAAAAGCACAAGCUGUUAAUAUGUAAGAGAGUAAUGAAUUAAAUUUUGGUACACCGUUUAUCCUAAUCUGGUCUCUCUCCUCAGGCUGUGCUUAGAGUAAAUCCUAGUCUCGUUUUUUUGCUGUAUUAGAAUUCAGGGGAAUUUUGGCAGCUGUAACCUUUGUUAACUCCAAAUGUUUCUAGAUACAAAAUUUUUCAAGCAGGUAAGAAUUUGCAGGACAGCUAGAUACCAUAAGGGGUAAAUCCAAGCUGCCCAGAAUAAAAACAGUAACUGCAGCAUAUAUACAGUGCUAUUCUGAAGGGACCCAGACAAAGAAUUAAGGAAAAUUAUUUACUUCUCUCAAAUUAAGGGAAGGGGUACCUAUGUCUUAAAGUACUUGAUCUUGUUUUGAAAGAAAGGUUUGUAAGCUUGCUGUAUUCUGCUAGUACCUGCCAUGUGAAAUACAAAGACAAUUCAAGUGAGAUAGACUUAAAUGUGUCUCUGUGGCAAAACAGGGUUGGCUGUCUUGUUUCUCCUACACACCCACACCCCUGAUAUAUACUGCAAAUUGUAAAUCUAUAACUGGGGGAGAAUUUUUACAAUAGAAAAAUUCUUAGCAUAUCAUCAGACUUGGGAGAAGCAAUGGCAGACAAAUGUUUGAAAUUUGCCAUGAAGAUAGGACUGUAUUUCCAAAGGCAGUAGUCAUCAGCCUUUCUUUAUAUGCACUAAUAUUAUGUGUUGGGAUAUGCAAGUUUCUAACACAUAAGGGUUACUUUAAAUACAAAAAGAAGGAUGUAAUAAAUAUAUAUGUAUAUUUUUUUGAAAAAAAUGGUAAGGCAAUAAGAUGCGAGUAGUGCUUUACAUUCAAACCAAUUUAACAACAAGACUUCAUGGUAUGGAUUAGAUUUGACAAAAGAGUGUUUUGAUUACAACAUUAAAACUGCAAUAACUAGAGAGAAAAAGCCAUCAGCAAUAAUAAGUGAACAGAUUAUUAGCUUAUUUUGUGUACUCAGCAGAGUGCAUUUGUAAGACACAAAGGAAGUUUUAGACUAUUACAACUUUUGGGACUCAACUUGGAUAUAAACAAUAUCAGAGAUAAUGAAGUUACAAGAAAUGUAAGGAGCAGUAGGUAUUUUGUUUUGGCAACUCAUCAUCAUUAGUUUUUACUUACUACAAGUAAAACAACGUUUUAAAACAAAAGUUGGAACGUUGCAAUUUGACUCAAGUCUUCCAGAGGUUUCAGCUGAAAACUAGAGUGCUACUGUUUCAUCUUGCUAUGCAAGUCACUGAUCAUCAAUAAUAUAUUGUGUUUGAGGAGGUUUAUAAAGUACAGUUUUCUUACAGUCCUAAUUUUUGGAUAGAGAAAUAUUGUACGUGAUCCCAUGAAUUCUAAAUUACUGAUCCACUGAUUCUAUAACUUGGGAACAUGCAUCAGAACAUAUCCCCCAUUUACUUCUAAAGCAGUGGUAAUAAUCCCAAGAUUAUUGUAGCUAUGAUAAGCUACAAAUUCAGUUUUCCCCUCACUUAUCUUUUGCCUCCACCUUCAGUAUCUAGCUUAGUACUAAUCAUAGUUUAACAUAAGAGUAAUUGGCUUCAUUAAAAUAAAAAAAUACAGCCUUUGAAAGGCCAUUAACUUGGCCUAUCAAAUUCAGAUAUCCCCGGAUGCUGUGGUUAGAACUGAAUGGGAAACUGAAAGGGGACUCAUGCAUGAACAAUGAGGAGGUUGUGAAAUGGUCACAUUUCAUCAGACCAUCAUUUUCUGAUCUUAGGCUCAGUGUGUAUAUAAUAGCUGUAAUUCCAGUGGUGGCUAUUGGUACACUGGAGUUCCAAUGCUUUAACAGAACUUUAUAUAGGCAGGUUUUUGUUUUUUUUGGCAGCUUGCUUCAUUGUCAAGAAAAUUAUUCAAAUUUAAAAGAACAUUCUCCAUUUCCUUCCUACAGAGAGUGCUGUAUUAGAGUAGUCCAUGCAUUGCCUUUGAGUCAGGAUGGAUAGAAUUAACAAGCAGGUUAAGAUUUUAAAUUCUAAACAUUUUAAAAUGCCAUUUCAGAAAGCAACUGGAAAGUAAGAUAUAUAUACACGGCUUUGUUGCUUUGGAUUAAACUACCCAUAUAUUACAGGUAUAUAGCAAGGUUUGCUGCUUUAAAAGCAGGCAUAUUCUUGUUAAAUAUAAGAGGGAUGUGAUUAAUUGAUUAUUUAAUACAAUAAGUGUUUGAGGUGAGGUUUUAAGUGAAAUAAUAUUGGUUAACUUGCCCAACAGGGAGUUUUUCAUCAAGCCAUAGAAGAAGUAAAUUUGAUGUUAAAUAAACAUUAUUCAAUGUUAUGAUCAAUUUUGAAAGAGGUAUCAGAUUACAUUUGCACUAUUAGGAGUGUUAGCAUUUGUGCAGAAAGAAUGCCUUAUCUGUUUUCCCCACCGUAUUUAGGUUAAUAAGCUUUCUGAUGUUUUGAUUAAUGCUGAACCAAAAAUUAAUAGCAAAAGAAGAAAAAAUAGUGUUUUUCCCUUACCCCCAACUUCCAACUACAGAAGUAGGUAAAAUCAGUAUGACCAGCUGUUUCAUACCAUAUUUAACACUCAGUACAUGAAAAUGUAUAAAUAAAACCAUAUUCUUUACUACCACUACAUUCAUUUCAUUGAUAAAAAUGGAGAUUUCUUGUUAGCUCCACAUUUUACUUAUGCAGAUUGCCCAAGAAAUCUUGGUGUACUACAUUGAAAUAUAGGGUAAUAAACAUUUUAGUAAUAUUGACUGGAAUGCUGUCUGUUUCCGGACACCCAUACACAUAUGUGCCAGUCUAAACUAAUGAAAGAUAAUGUAUGUCUCAUAUGUACAAAAUCUUGAUUAUUUUACGUAAAUUGGGUAAAAAGAUCUUACUACAUUUGUAAAACCUUGUACAGAGGAUUUUUUCACUAUGUGCCUAGCUUUGGUGUCCAUUUUGCUCCAAUUUGAAAACAGGUGCAUGAUGAUAAAACAAAUAGAAAUAAAGUAUAUGUAGAGAUGACUAUUUUAUAUUACAUGGCCCAAUCCUGUAUUUAUUUUCCUCCCUUUUUGAAGUAUUUAUAAAGACCUAGUUGAAGAUGGCUGUAUUUUUUGUUAAAAUAUUUAGUAGAAUUGUGCCUUUGUCUGUAUGUGAAUAAAUGCUGUACAUUUUGCAAUACA